GAGCCGUCGAACCCGCAGAACUGGUCAUGGACCCGCAAGUGGUGUCUCGUUAUGAUGGUCACUGCCAUCGGACUGCUCGUCGGCGUGGCGGCUAGCAUCGACUCGGCCGCAGCAAAGUUUGCGGCGAGCAAGUUCGGCGUGAGCGAAGAGGUGGUUGAGUUGCAGACGGCCGUCUUCCUCAUCGGAUUCGGCCUUGCCGCGCCGAUAUUUGGUCCAAUGUCCGAGAUUGGCGGGCGAAACCCGGUCUACGUCUUGACGCUCUUGAUGUUCGUCCUCUUCGAAAUCGGCUCCGCUCUUGCACCCAACAUUCAGACUAGGGUCAUCUUGCGCUUCUUUGCUGGCUUCUUUGGCAGCACGCCCCUCUCCAAUGCCGGCGGAUCGAUCGCAGACAUUGUCAACAGCCGACAACGCACGUUUGUCUUUCCGAUCUUUGCCAAUGCCGGAUUCCUGGGACCUGUUCUAGGUCCGGCCAUGGGCGGAUAUCUCGGCUGGAAAGUGGGCGAAGAGUGGUGCGAGUGGCUUGUCGCUAUCUGGGGCGCUGCCCUCUUGCUAGUGGUCCUAUGCUUCAUGCCCGAAACGUACGCGCCAACAUUGCUCAAGAUGAAGGCACAACAGAUUCGACGGGCUACAGGCGACAAGAGGUACAGAACCGCCUUAGAAAUGCAGAGGGACACCGUUCCUUUCAAACAGGCUUUCCGGCACAGCCUCGCCAUGCCAUUCCUCUACUUGAUAUACGAACCAAUCGUACUCCUCGUCUCGCUCUACAUGACGAUGAUCUACAUCAUUCUUUUUGGCAACUUCGAAGCGUACCCGGUCAUUUAUGAACCUUUCGGUCUCAAUCCCGGGGAAAUCGGUCUCACAUUCAUCUCUGUCGCCAUUGGUCUCUUUGUCACGACGGCCUUCACACCGAUCUUAUACAAGCGCUACGUGACGCUACAGAAGACUGCUCAAGACACAGCACUAGAGAAAGGUAAAAAGGACUGGGAAGAGAGACUUCCUGAGCCAGAGGAAAGGCUCGUCGUGGCCAUGCUCGGCACCUGGUUGGUGCCCAUCAGCCUCUUCUACCAGGGUUGGACCUGCUUCCCGGGCAAAGUCAGCGUUUGGGUGCCGAUCUCUUCGGGCAUUCUUUUCGGCGCUGGCAUCUUGACAUGCUUCGUCGCGAGCUACCAGUACAUCAUCGACGUCUACCAGACCGGUUCGGCCUCAGCCCUGGCCAGCCUCACCUUUACGCGCUACAUUGUGUCGGGCGGAGCUGUCAUGUUCACCACGCCCAUGUACCGCAGUCUUGGCACACAUUGGGCGCUGUCACUGCUUGCUUUCCUCAGCCUCGUCUUCAGCUUCAUUCCGUGGCUCUUUUACUUCUUCGGCAAGCGUGUCAGGACCUGGAGCCGAUACACACCACCCGUUGAGGACGAGUGAUGCCAAUCCCAUUCACACACGCCACCAUAACCUCUCAUCGCUGCCAUAUAAUACUAGAC